UUCUCGGGGCGGAGAGGUUCCAAGCGGUGACGGAUAGGGACCGGGAGCCGCUUUAAUAAGUUGCCUCCUCCGCCGCCCGUCAAAGAGAGAAAAAGAGGCGGGCCGCUUCUGCCAGCUGGAUGAUCCGCGCGGUACCUGCGAGGCUCGGCAGCCGCGCUCGCAGAAGCGACUGACUCAAAGAGAGCUGCCCGGGCUGACGCGCGUGCCGUUAGGAUUUGCCUUGAAAGCUCCCUCAUCUUAUGCGUGGCGGGGAGCGGGGGGGACACCAUCUGCGGAGUUAGCCACGCUUUUUUCUUUUUCUUUUUUUGGCCCGGGGGAGAGGGAGAAAGAAAGAAAGGGAGGAGUUGUUGGAUGAUUAGGAGUUUGGGAUUUGGGGAUUUUGUUCCGUUUUGCUUUCUCCGGUCUUUUCCCGCUCGGUCAACGUCGAGAGUUUCCACCUGAGAACUUCACUCCUGUGAGGUGGAGUGGGGGAAAGGGGCUGCGCGGGCUGCUCUCCCUUGGUUUUGGCGCGGAAGAGGCGCAAAAAGCUGCUGGCGGCUACCGGACUCGGUGGGAAAAAAAAAAAAAGAGGAGAGCCUGGGAAUCGGAUCGCUGAAUUUGCCCCGCGCAGGAAUAGCGGGAGAUGUAACCCGGGCGCGAGAUCCAGAGGGUUUGCACCUGAGGUCGCAAGAAGGGGCCAGUAGGCGAAACCCCUUUGCGGCUGUGCCCCCCCCCCGGCCCCUGGAUGGAAGCGGGGGAUGGGGUCGUCGUUGAGAAGGAGGGAAGCUCCGAGCGCUUAUCUCCCCCUCCCGUGAAUUAGCACCGCUGUCACCCCCCCCCCCUCCGAAGGAAAGGACGGGGCAAGGCGAGGGUGGGUGGAAGCAGAAGGCAAAAGAGCUCCAGCUUCCGCGGCGAGACUUCGCUCUGAAGUUAACGCGAAGGGCGGAGAGCAGAAGCGGGGAAAGCGAUGCCGUUGAGGCUGCGCUGGUUUUGGUGGUGGGCGGUGGUGUGUGGGAGCUAUUGCUGCUGCGCCCUGCCUGGGCUGCCUCUCCUGCCCGCCGCGGGGGUGCUUCUCCUAGGCAGCAGGAGUGCCGCGGGCUUCGGCCCCGGGAGCAGUAAGGCUCAGCCUCAGGCGCCCGUCUCCACCUCUUCCACCCCGGCGGGCUUCCUCUACCGUCGCCUCAAGUCCCACGAGAAGCGGGAGAUGCAGAAGGAAAUCCUGUCAGUGCUGGGCUUGCCUCACCGGCCCCGGCCCUCGCACGGGCUUCAGCUGCCGCAGCCGGGAGAGCCCGAAGUUCCUCUCCCUCAGCAACGCCGACGGCAGCAGCAGUCAGCGCCCCCGCUGGGCAGGCUGAACUCCGCGCCCCUCUUCAUGCUGGAUCUCUACAACACGCUGUCCGGCGAGGAGGAGGAAGCGGCGGCGGCGGAGGAAGGAGAGCCCGAGCAUCGCGGCGGUGGCGGCACUCGGCACAUCUCCACUGCGCGACCCCUGCAGCGCAAAACUCUCCUGACCCACAACCUGGGCUCCUCGGGCAAUCCUAGCCUGGCGACCUCGCAGGACAGCGCUUUUCUCAACGAGGCCGACAUGAUCAUGAGCUUCGUCAACCUGGUUGAAUAUGACAAGGAAUUCAUGCCUUAUCAGCAUCAUCACAAGGAGUUCAAAUUUAAUUUGUCUCAGAUUCCAGAAGGAGAGGCUGUUACUGCUGCUGAGUUCCGAAUCUACAAGGACUGUGUUUUUGGAGGCUUUAAAAAUCAAACCUUUCUAAUUAGCAUCUAUCAAGUAUUGCAAGAAUAUCAGAACAGAAAUUCGAACUUGUUUAUGCUGGACACCCGAAUAGUAUGGGCCUCAGAAGAAGGAUGGCUAGAAUUUGACAUCACUGCUACUAGCAACAUGUGGGUGAUAAACCCUCAGCAUAAUUUGGGACUCCAGAUGAGUGUGGUGACUAGAGAUGGUCUCAGUAUAAAUCCUAGAGAAGCAGGACUAAUAGGUCGAGAUGGCCCUUAUGAUAAACAGCCUUUCAUGGUGGCUUUUUUUAAAGUGAGUGAAGUUCAUGUUCGGACUGUUAGGUCAGCACCCAGCAGACGCAGGGACCAAAGCAGAAACCGCUCCACACAACCACAAGAUGUUUCCAGGACAUCCAGUAUCACAGAUUACAACAGCAGCGACCUAAAAACGGCUUGCAGAAAGCAUGAACUUUAUGUUAGCUUCCAAGACUUGGGAUGGCAGGAUUGGAUAAUUGCACCAAAGGGUUAUGCAGCAAACUACUGUGAUGGAGAAUGCUCUUUCCCUCUCAAUGCUCAUAUGAAUGCCACAAAUCAUGCCAUUGUGCAAACUUUGGUUCACCUAAUGAAUCCAGAGAACGUUCCUAAACCAUGUUGUGCUCCUACAAAACUUAAUGCAAUUUCAGUUCUUUACUUUGAUGACAAUUCCAACGUCAUUUUGAAAAAAUACAGGAAUAUGGUGGUAAGAGCUUGUGGGUGUCACUGACAAAGUAUCUUUACAAGACGCAGCAAAAAAGAAAAUCCAAUGCUUCUGGAACAGCAUUUGUGCCUUAAGAAAGAAUAAUGAAAAGCAAAGAAUUCUGUUACUACUUGUUAAGUAUUUGCACACUCAUUGCUUUUUGAUCCGAUAGUUUUAAGUAGGCCAGCAGAGCAAGUUAAACAAUAUGGAUCCUGUGAAUACAAAGAGAGAUGUGACAAAAGUAACCUGAUGUUUGAACUACAUUUCAGUCUUACUAAACGAGCGUCCCUCACAUUUUGGAUAAUAUCUCAAGAAGAAAACAGGAGUCUGCCUAAGGAAUAAAAAGCACAAUUUUAAGUUGAAAUUACAACUGCAUAGAAGUUAACGAAACUUCGUUAAGGCAUAGAAACCAAAUAUGUGAGAUCCUGGAAACUACUGCAAGAAAAUGUCUUCUAUUUUGAUGAACUGUUUCACUUAAAUUGCUUCCUUUAGAAGCUAAAGACAGCUUUUAUACAUUGUCCUUUCAAAUAAAAGAACUGAUCAUAUGCCUCUUAAUAA